AUGACUAUCAAUAAAGCACAAGGACAUACAUUAGAUGUUGUUGGAAUUUACCUCAAAGAACCGGUAUUUUCGCAUGGACAAUUGUAUGUUGCAUUAUCACGUGCACGUGCAGCUGCAAAUGUUAAGAUGUUAAUAAGCUAUGCUUUCUUUAGCAAGGUUAGCGUAAAGUGCACAAAGAAUAUUGUUUAUAAAGAAGUUUUGGAAAUGACGAAGACUAAUCAAAGUAAUUUCAGUUCAUUGAAAAAGUCAAGAUGUCGAGGAAGUUUGUCCAAAAUUAAAGAAGUUGAUAACAAAACAUCGGCAUGGACCGCAAUUGUUCAGGUUGUGGAGAAGAAUCAUAUCCAGCGUAGCAAGCCACCAAAGAAUGUCUCAUACAGAAGACAUUUGCUCACAGAUUCAGACGGAACAAAACUAUCUGCAGUUGUGUAUUCCGCUGAUUUACCCUUGGUUUGGUGCCUUACAAGCGGUAUUAUGUCUCCAAUGCAAUUGUCGGUGCAGCUAAUCUAUUAUAUCAAGAAAAGAACAAUGUUGUUCACUCUAUGGAAUGAGUUUGAAGAGAAUGAAGGUGACUACAACAUAGUGAAACUAUACUUAAAAGAUGAGAUUCAUGGAGAAGCAAGGCAGCGUGCAAGAAUGGAUAAACAAGUUGCGGCGGAGGAGCAUUUGUAA